GAUACAGUUAGAAGUAUUUGAGUCUAGUCUGCUUGUUGGUACAUUGUCAUUUAUAAAAGAAGGGGGGACGCGGACGGGGAAAAUGGCGAAAACAUACGAUUAUUUAUUUAAACUAUUGCUCAUCGGAGAUAGCGGCGUGGGCAAGACCUGUCUACUUUUCAGGUUCAGUGAAGACGCGUUCAACACAACCUUUAUAUCCACAAUAGGGAUCGAUUUCAAGAUCAGAACCAUCGAGCUGAAUGGGAAGAAGAUCAAGCUGCAGAUCUGGGACACGGCGGGACAGGAGAGGUUCCGGACCAUCACCACAGCAUACUACAGGGGUGCCAUGGGCAUAAUGCUGGUGUAUGACAUCACGAACGAGAAGUCCUUUGAUAACAUCAAGAACUGGAUCCGCAAUAUCGAGGAGCACGCCUCGUCUGAUGUGGAGAGGAUGGUCCUGGGGAACAAAUGUGACAUGAACGAAAAGAGACAAGUGUCCAAAGAGAGAGGAGAGAAGUUAGCGAUAGAUUAUGGGAUAAAGUUCCUGGAAACAAGUGCAAAAUCCAGCCUAAAUGUGGAAGAGGCCUUUUUCACACUUGGCAAAGAUAUCAUGGCCAGACUCAACAGAAAGAUGAAUGACAACACUCCACCAGGGGGAGCAGGGCCGGUGAAAAUCUCAGAGAACCGGUCCAAGAGAAGCUUCUUCCGCUGCACGCUGCUGUAACAGAGCCCCAGUUACCCCCAACCCCCACCCCACCCCACCCCAAACACCAU